AUGCUGACUGAAGAGGAGUACCCCGGAUUGCAGGAAUUAGUGGUGGUGUUGAACGAAGGCUUACCCUCUGCACACCGCAUUGCAAGGCUGAAGUUCUGCGCCACUCGUCGCCGUUGGACUGCCAUUGGCAUUCGGUUCCGCAAGAUGUGCAAGGCGAAGCUCCGCAAGUUAUCCACACUUCUCCCGAAGGUCACCAUCCCUCUGCGCUUGAACGAGACGGACAUCAGGCGAGCUUCACUGCGGCCCUACAUUCAGGAGGUACGGCUCUCUGCACAGCGGUCACUGCAAGACUGCCAGAGGAGCUUGGGAGAGGGCAUCAAAGCCACUCAAGCCACUCGCCAGAUGGCGCUGGAGAAGCUCAAGCCAGCCUACGACGAGAUCCACAAUGCCCAGGUCAUUGCAAGGAGCUUGAACGACUCUUCGGAAGAGCCCUUUCUCGAGAACACGACCGUCGACGUGGAAGUGGCAAAUCUUGACUUGUUCAUGCUUCAGCUGGACCGCGAGGAAGGCUUCCUAGAGUCAUGCAUCGAAAACGUUCCGGCCUUCGCAGCAGAGUUCGCUCUGAACCCGCCGGAGUAUGUAGAUGCCACAGGAGGUUUCCAGGAUAACUACACUCAAAUUUCCUUCUUGGCAGCUCGAAUGGCUCGCGACGACGGCAGCGAUAACAGCAACGACCUUCGCGGGCGAGGCGGCCAGGGCAGUUUGCUGCAGCAAUCGCCGAGCUCAGGUCGGGUCUGCGUGUACGACAGAGCUGACACCUGCACACGCGGCAUUGGGCAAGUUCCCUUGCUGGGUUCACACAAUUCGGUUGCCUAUCCCAACCUGAUUUACGAUUGUGGUGAACUCACCCAGGAGUGCAAUGAUUGGGCUUCUAGGACUGUGGACACCUGCCGGGACAUUGGCAGAAGGUGCACUCGGUGGACAUACAGUACACGGCGCGAGUGCAUCGAGUGGGGCUAUGAGUGCACGCAAUGGAGCGACAACUGCGGUGUCUUCAGUUUCCUUUGCGAGGCGAUUUGUCUCACCAGUGCUUUGGUGUGUGUGACCUUCUCAACAGUGGUUGAGCUGACUUGUAUCGUCUUCGCCGAAUACUGUGCUUCGCGGGUGCGAAUCAUCCAAUGGGUGGGAUGCCGCGUGCCCUUGGAGACCGUUUGCGCGGUGCUUCCGAGGGUGUCAACUUUCGUCCAGUCGAUUACGAGAUGCCUCUUCGAGAACCAGGACGGUGGCAUCGUGUACCAGCUUGAACGAGGAGCCAGGUUCUUUGACUUCGACACCUGCCUGCGAAGAAACCUGAUUGUGAACUGCCACGGCACUCAGGACUUGAAGAAGGCUCUUGGUGGCUCGACCGAGGCAGAUGUACAGAGAAUCUGGCUCUGGCUCCAGCAGAACCCCAACGAGGUCGUCGUGUUCCGUUGGAGCAAUGCGGACAACGGCGUCCCAGGUCGAGACUAUCCUGUGGGCGAAGAUGGCCGCGAUAUACACAAUCGCAAGAGACAAGAAAUCAUCGAUCGAACCUUCGCGAGGUGCUCCAUGUUCAGGGUGUGUUCCACAACCAAUAUCUUGCAAACCUUCGGGCAGAUGGUCAGCAACAACCAACGUUUCGUCAUUGUACCCGAGACCAUGAAAGACACUUGGAACGAAGUGCGGAAUGGCCCGGAUGCUAAUGCUGCCUUCAUCGUCGAUUCCUUGGGUGAUUACUGCGAUUCGGAGCCCUAUGAGCAAUCAGAGGGCCCAGUGAUCCUGUCUGCCUUCGGCCGGGUUUUCAAUGACAUCUCGUAUAACGAGCGGCCGGGGAAUGAGAUUGCGCCGUGCCCAUCAGGCCCUGUCGGCAGCGACAGCUGCCCCAGUGGUAUUCGAAUCACCAAGUUCGACAUGAGACUCGGCCCGCAGUUCGCCGGUUACUGCAACGACGACAACGCGUACAUCGUGAACGCUCGGCUGUCGUUGGACUUGAGGGACAUUUUGCGGAGGUGCCAAGAGCGAGGGAUGGGCGUCGCCACGGUGAUGGUGGACUACCUGAACUAUUACAACCAGGACCUGAUGGACUCCUUGUUCUGGGCUAUGUCCAGAGGACCCGGACAAGUCCCUUUUCCGCAACCUCCCAUCCCAAAUCUUCAGAACAGUGAGAAUGGCAGGUGUGGAGUCAACUUUGCCCGGAGAUGCUGGCAGAGUGGGUACCAGUGUUGCAGCCGCUAUGGCUAUUGCGGCGGCUCCGACGGCCACUGCGAUCAGUCCGCGGGCUGUCAGAGUGCCUAUGGCACAUGCAACGCUCCUCCCGUGGUCACUGUCACAGCACCGAACAGCACCAACGGCAGGUGCGGUCGUCCAACCGGCACGGUUUUCGGGACAAGAUGCUGGGUCAGUGGCUACGAGUGCUGUAGCUCUUCGGGGUGGUGUGGCAACUCAGACGCUCACUGUGGAGGAGGCUGCCAGGAAUCCUUCGGGAGGUGCGCUUCGUCGACGACAGUCCCUGCCUAUCCUGUGAGCACAAAUGGCCAGUGUGGUGACGGGCCUCGCACGAGGUGUGCAGACGGCUACUGCUGCAGCCAGUACGGCUGGUGUGGGCAAUCGAGUGGCCACUGUGGAGGAGGAUGCCAGGGCUCCUUCGGCAGGUGCUCUUGA